AGGAGGGGGCGGGGCAGCGGACGGUGGUUGCCAAGCGAGGGCUUUUCGCUUGGUGCUUGGGACCCGGGGGUCGUCGAGUGUGUUUGUCCCCGACUCCACGGCCGCGGCCUGAGCAGAGGGGCAGCGGGAUCCUCAUCGUCCCGCCUGCUCUUGUCAUACUGCCCCGAUCCGGGACCCCUCUGGAGUCCUGCUCCCUCCCACCCUAGCUCUCGGUCUCCCAGCCCCGCCCAGGAGGUCCAGGCCCCAUCCCGCCGGGUCCCCACCGGGCCACGGGCGCAGGGGACCAGCCCUCCCCGCUUCCACCGCCCAGACCGCGAAACCCACCCUCCGACGCCUCUAGCAGCUGCUCUUCACUCCGGGUCGGUGGUAGUGGUGGUUACCAUGGUGAAGCUGGCAGCCAAAUGCAUCCUGGCAGGAGACCCGACGGUGGGCAAGACGGCCCUGGCGCAGCUCUUCCGCAGCGAUGGGGUGCACUUCCAGAACUACACCCUGACAGCAGGGGUGGAUUUGGUGGUGAAGACGGUGCCAGUUCCCGACACCGGCGACAGUGUGGAGCUCUUCAUUUUUGACUCGGCCGGCAAGGAGCUGUUUUCUGAAAUGCUGGAUAAAUUGUGGGAGAGUCCCAACGUCCUGUGUCUGGUCUACGACGUGACCAACGAGCAGUCCUUCAACAGCUGUGGGAAGUGGCUGGAGAAGGUCCGGGCGCAGGCUCCAGGCACCACCCUGCCAGGUGUCCUGGUGGGAAACAAGACAGACCUGGCUGGCAGGCGGGCAGUGGACUCGGCCCAGGCCCGGGCGUGGGCGCUGGGCCAGGGCCUGGAAUGUUUUGAAACGUCCGUGAAGGAGAUGGAGAGCUACGAGGCCCCCUUCCACUGCCUGGCCAAGCAGUUCCACCACCUGUACCGGGAGAGGGUGGACGCCUUCCACACCCUGGUGUGAGCGGCCGCCUGGGCCGCCGUGGACCUGGCCGUGGCCUCUCCCUGGAGGACGAGCGGCGCUGGAGUUGCUCUGCGCCCCAGGACCUCAGGACAGCCGCAAAUAAAACUAGGAGGAAGCGCA